AUGGACACAGUGGUGGUCUAUAUCGAUCCGCAGGCCCAGCUGGAAGCAGCUCUGGCCAGUAAAGACAUUAGGCAAUUUCUCGCCGCCCUGAUAAGAGGUGCUAGAGCUGAUUUACAGGGAGGUCGUGGGAUGAACAUAUACGAAAAGGCACUGUCAACACCAGGCUGCCAGGAAUUUAUAAAAGCAUGCAUCACACAUGGCUGCCAGGUCAAUUAUGUAAGUAGUGCACCCAGGUGCAAUGAGAAGCUACUCAAGCCCGCCAUCAGCUAUGCCGCCGACUCAAUGGAUUCCGGAAAUCUGGCUGCGCUACUUCUCGAACGUUCUGGUGAUACGGUCCAGGUGGAUAGAAAAUACGCUCAUGUCACUCCACUAAACUCGCUGGCCAGCCAACUGACGGAGGAUAAUGCAUUUGAAGUGCUAAACUGCAUGCGAAUUCUGCUGAAAUACGGCGCUUCUACGAACUCCGUAAACCAGAAUGGUUUCACGCCCCUGCACCACAUUCUUUUAAACAUUGAAAUCGACCACUACCACGGGGGAAGUGUGCGCCGACUACUGCAGGCUGAGUUCCCGGAACUUCCACUGCCAAGAAGGAUCGAGCCCUUUUUCGUUUUUGGUGAACUUCACACAAUUAAGGUAAAGAGGGACGAGGCUUGGUUUGUGCAGCUUAUCGCCCAGCACGGUUCGUUCAAAGACAUGGAGGAAGAGCAAAAAAGAGAAUAUAUGGAGCUUCUACAAUAUUGUAUCCUUAGGGACUGGCAGGAAGCUUUCAAAGCCAUGCUGGCUACUGACGCCAAAUGGGACAUCAACUGUACCUUAUAUUGCCCCAAAAAAAAUACUCUCGUUGAAUGGGCCGUAAGGUGCGGUAACUGGCGGGCGUUGGAACACCUCCUCAAAUGGCCAGACCUACGAUUGGACGGUCUUGGAAUACUGAACAAGUCUAUCGAUACACUAGAGUUGAAACCCAUCCGUGACUUCGACUAUCACCGCUGUUUUUCGUUGCUUUUAAACUCAGAAUUCGCUAACGUUAACGAGACCACUCCCGAUUAUUCCGCACCGCUUGCCUAUGCGAUGAAAGUACGCAACACGGUGGCGAUGCAGAAACUCCUGGAGUAUGGCGCCUACAUUGGCUCUCAGAGAGCCUCUGAAAGGCCUCCCAUCGAGGACAUGCCACCCGAGGUGCUCGAGGAUCAUUUUGAUUCUUCCAUCAAGGCAAACAAAAAAAAUCGCGGUGACAAAGACUUUGAGAUCAUUAUCAGAAACCAUAGCCUGAUACCUAUCGAUGCUCUGGUUCACGACGAAAUGUCCCCCAUCAUUUUCAUGGCCCAGUCGGAGGAGUUGCGCCACCUGCUGCAGCAUCCACUUAUCUCCAUAUUUCUCUACCUAAAAUGGCGGCGAAUUCGCGAGGUGUUCUACCUAAAUCUAGUGCUCUACUCGUUAUUCACAAUUUGCAUUAUCACCUAUACACUUCUUAAAUUGUACGGGAGCGAAAACAUUUUGGGUCUCACGAUAACAUUACGAGUGUGUUCCUGUGUGGGGACUGGCUGUCUAAUCCUUCGGGAGACUGUUCAGUUCAUGAUUGCUCCUGCUCGGUACUUGAAGUCCCUAACAAAUGUCUUGGAGUGGAUUAUUAUAGUAUUAUCCAUCCUCACCUGCAUUGAAUUAGGAUUCAUCGAGAAGACGCAUCGCAUUUUGGCCGCCUUUACCAUCCUUCUAGUUUCCAUAGAGUUCUGCUUGCUUGUUGGAUCUCUGCCAGUUUUGGCCAUUUCGACGCAUAUACUCAUGUUGCGCGAGGUUUGCAUCAGCUUCGUGAAGAGCUUUUCCCUUUAUUCCAUCUUCGUAGUGACCUUCAGUCUGUGUUUCUUUAUUCUCUUUGGGAAGGAGAAAGAUAAGGAUGAAAGUAUUCCCUUUGACUUCUCAAAGCCUUUUGUGGCCCUAAUCAAGACCAUUGUUAUGAUGACGGGCGAACUGAAUUCCGGGGACCUAGACUUUACUAGCAUUUUUACAUACUUGUUCUUCCUGCUCUUCGUGAUGUUCAUUACGAUCGUGUUACUCAAUCUGCUGAACGGUCUGGCCGUGAAUGAUACCCAGAAUAUCAAGCAGCAGGCGGAACUUAACGGUGUAAUUUGCCGGGCCUACUUGGUCAGUCGGUACGAAGGGUUGCUAAAAGGUGGAGGACGCGAAGAACCCAUCUUCAAGGGCACCAAGGUCAUGCGGAUCAUCUGCCAGUGGUUGCACUUGUACCCCAAGUACGUGAGUCCUCGCCAUGUUGUUAUUAGGCCGAAUGAUAACAACCAGGUGCUCACAUUUGGACGCAAUAUCCAUGAGAAAAGGGCUCUGGAGCCACAGCCAUGGUGCUUUUCCUUUUUCAACAAAAACUCAUCCCGCAUCCCCAGCGAGAUGGUCAAGAUGGCGAUGAAGGCGAUGGAAACAGCAGAGCAAAGGCAAAAGCUAAAAAAGAUCAAAGAACGUCGGGAAAAACUCAUCGAGGACAAGCUGACAAAUAUGGCCAAAAUGCUGAAGGAGCUCCAGGAGCGGAAAUGA